CGAUUUCUCGACCAAUGAAAGACAGUUGUACUCAAACAGAAAAUGAAAGUUUGAAACUUAGUUCAGGUAACACACCGAAUCCUGAGACGUCACUCCUAGAGUCACCAGUAACGGGUAGAAACAGCUACUCGAGCCAUUCCUCCGUUCGCAAACCAAAACUAAUCUUCCAUCCCGAACACUUACUGAAUGAAGACAGCGUUUGUUCACAGACAGCUUCUUUGACAUCAGAUGAUAGCGAUCACGAAACUACAAGCAGCAGUGAUGUGCAGGAAAGAGAACUUUAUGGUGAAGAACUGAUACGUAUGACGAAGUCAUCCAAUGUAUAUCGAACUUAUGCAGGUAAAAAACUCUUGAACAAAAAGAUAAAAGCUGAUCCUUUAAGGAAAACCGGAAAUUCACAAGCAGAAAGUGAAACGGUAGGUGAAAGUCAGAAAGUAGCGUAUAAAGAAAGCAAUGGUGUCGGUUCUGAAGAAAGUGUGAGAACUAGGGUUUUAGAUGACACAAGUGGACAAAACGUAAAGAUUUCUGAACACGACAAGUUAGAUAAGAAUCGGCUUAUAAAUGUUAACGAUGCGUUAAAAAAUUCACCAAUUCCCAGUAUUCAAACGCAAAAGGAAGUUCUUAAGCAUGAAGGCCCGUGUUUAAACAUCAAAGAAACAGUCUUGCACAAGUUUAAUGUCUCGAGUGAUGAAAUACUGAAGCAACUUUCUGCUCCAAACGAGAGGACAUCUUGGCAAACAUCUGAUGACUUUGCAGGAUCCUAUUCUUCAGGCUCCACUGAAACGUCAGGAGAAUGCACCACAGCAAGUAGCGAAACGUCAGGAGAAUGUACCACAAUAAGCAGCGAAACGUCAGGAGAAUGUACCACGACAAGCAGUAAUUGUGAAAGCUUCACAGAAGAAGAUUCUUACCCUAAUAUCAUAAGGACUGACAAAGAAGAAUUAUUGAGUGAAGAGACAUCUAGCGAGUGUGACUCGUGUUGUAGUUGUUGCCAAGUUACAGAUGAAGAAGAAGAUCCCAACGAAGUGCUUUCCUAUGAAGAUGUUGUAGCUCAUCAGGGAAACGAUACAAAUGAUGCGGAUGUUCCCUCUCAUCAUCAUCAGCCAGAAAGUGAAGCCAAGAAUGAGACCAGAGUUGCAACUAGUGGAUUUGUCAUGAAAUCUACUCCGGCUUAUCUAAUUCCUCCGACUACCGAAGAAUGUGACAUCAUGCACACAGGAAAGCCUAUACCAGAUGAAUUAGAAAAUGCCAACCCCGAAGCGGGCGACCUCUACCGGCAGUUGUCGGAAGAAGAAUUCGUUUCUACUUUGAAAAUUCACGAAGCUGCUAAGAGUGGGGACCUUCACGUCAUCAAACUUUUAUUAAAGAGUGACCGCAAACGGACAGAGACAGUGGACGAACGUGGUUGGACACCAAUUCAUCUUGCCGCAGCACAUGGACAUGUUGACAUUGUUAAGUUCCUGGCACUAGAGGGCGCUGACCUUGUAGCCCUGGACCCCAGUGGAUAUACAGCAAUACACCUGGCUGCUAUGAACGGCCAUACAAGUUGCGUUGAGGUUCUUCUCAGUCUCGGAUGCAAAGUCGAAAAUGUGACGUCAGAAGGAUUUACACCACUCCACCUAGCUGUUCUAAACGCUCACGUCGACUGUUCCAACUUGCUUCUUUCUGUGGGAGCCGACAUAUCGCGGAGAGAUGCGUUAAACAGGACGGUUCACGACAUGGCGGAGGAAUACUCUCUAGACGAGAUCAGUGAACUACUUGUGAACUAUUGUAAAAAACUCCACAGACUACACAAUAUCUUAUAAAAGAAAAUCUCUGGAUAUGUUUUAGUCCUUAUUCUACCAUUGGUGAUAUAGUAAUGGAACUUAAGAGUCGACAGCUCCAGCUGCGUUUCAGGUUUUACAAAACUUUACUAUACACUGUUCUUCCAGUCUUUCAUAAUGGUGAUAUUUGGUGAGUGAGAUG